AUGGGUGGGCAUCAACAACUAUCAAUUUUUUUCUUGGCAGUUUACAUUCUCCUCUCCAUCACAGCAUUUGCUGGGAAUUCUCUCAUCCUUGUUGCCCUUUAUAAAGAAUCUUCCCUACAUCCGCCGUCCAAACUCCUGUAUCGUUGUCUGGCGACCACUGAUCUGUUGGUUGGUCUUGUUGCCCAGCCUCUCUAUGCUACAUAUUGGAUGUCCGUGUUUCAAGAACAUUGGAGCCGUUGUCGAUACGCCAGGGAUGCAGGCUACGUCACAAGCUAUGUAUUGAUUUUAGUGUCUUUGAUGACCAUGACGGCCAUAAGCGUGGACAGACUUCUCGCCCUGUUGUUGGGGCUGAGAUACAAACAAAUUGUAACUUUGAAGCGCACGUAUAUUAUUGUAACUACCUUUUGGGUUUUUAACAUUGUCGCCUCUUUAUGUGGAAUUUUUUAUCCUAGUAUAAUCUAUUUGUACAGCUCCCUAGUUUCACCAUUUUGCCUGGUAAUAUCCUUCGCAUCGUACACAAAGAUUUUUUUGCACUCUCAGAAAUCAUCAAGCACAAGUACGAGAUCAACAACAGUCGAGCCAAACAAAUGCACUGAACAUGGCACGAUUCAGAAAGGCAGUGGACAGUGCACUGUGGGUGCAGUUAGCAUUAGUUGUUUGUUAUGCGCCAAUGUAUACAGUGGAAAUUGUGGUCACUCGCACUAA